GCUCUUCCUGUGUUCUGUAUCUGUGCACACAGCAAAAGCCAUGGCAGCGUUCACUGGAGGAGACGUUUACCAGGCUGAGUUUGAUCCCAAAGCCUACCUGGAAUACUUCAGGUUUGGGGAAGGCACUUUGGGGGAUGAAGACCUGGAAUUCGCUCUGCGGGGCUUUUGUGAAACUUUUGCUUCAGGGCAACUGAAAGGAGACACCCUGAUUGACAUCGGCAGCGGCCCCACCAUCCACCAACUCCUCUCUGCCUGCGAGUCCUUUGAGAACAUCAUUGCCUCCGAUUAUGCCGAUCAGAACUGCCAGGAAAUGGAGAGGUGGCUGAAGAAUGAACCGGGAGCUUUUGACUGGACCCCGGUUGUGAAGUAUGUGUGCGUGCUGGAGGGAAACAGGGACCAAUGGCUAGAGAAGGAGGCAAAGCUGAGAAGAGCCGUCAAACAAGUUCUGAAAUGUGAUGUCCACCGCAGCAACCCACUGGAUCCAGUGACUUUGCCCCGCGUUGACUGCCUGGUCUCCAAAGAGUGUCUGGAAGCUGCCUGCAAGGACCACCACAGCUACCGGGCGGCUCUUAACAACCUGAGCGCUCUGCUCAAGCUCGGGGGGCACCUGGUGCUCAGUGGAGUCCUGGGGUGCAGCUUCUACAUGGUCGGUCCCCAUCAGUUCUCCAGUUUGGUCCUGACCGAGGAGUUCUUGAGGGAGGCUCUCAGCACAAGUGGGUUUGCCAUUGUCAAAUUCCAGACGGAACCCAGGAGAGCCCAAACCAUGUUUGAGGUCUGUGAUUUCUCUGGGAAGUACUUCCUUGUUGCACGCAAGGAGAAGGAGCCAUGAGAAAUGAUUGGAUAGUCAAGGAGAUCAUAGAUUUGCAUCUGGGGACGGAGAGUCAGCAACGUAGAUCAGGCAUCCCCAACCUUGGGUCGCCUGAUGUUGUUGGACUAGAACUCCCAUGAUCACCAGCUGCCGUGGCCUUGGCCAUGGGAGUUGUAAUCCAGCAACAUCUGAGGACCCUGUAGAGAUAGUUUAGCCUGGGGUUGGGGAGACUGUGGUUCAAGUCCUGUCUCUACCACAGACUCAUUUUGUGUUCUGGCAAGGGUCUCAGUUUCAGUUUCCUAUCUGUAAAACGGGAACAAGAGUGGCCUACCUCACAGGGAUGUUGUGGGGGCGAGCAAAUACAAAUAAAGACUGCAGAGCACACUUCAAAUUAAA